AGCACUGCAGUUUUUGGAGCACAUGUGUCAAAACAAAACAAAUUUGCCGACUUUCAAUUGGAUAUUACUUGUUAUUAAAGUUUAAAAAAAAGAGCAUUAAAUAGCAUAGCAUGCAAGUGGAGAACUUAUACACUUCUGUUGCCUGCAAUCGUUGCACAGAAUGUGCGGAUUGGGGUCCAAAUGGUUGGAUUGCCUAUGGAGCCUGCAAUGCCAUAGCCAUUAUGGAUCCAAAGUUUCAAGGCAACUCAGCGAAGAUCCUGUUUACUCUGGUGGAGCACACAAAGCGUGUAAACACUGUAAAGUGGUUAGAUCACGGGAAACUUCUCUCCGGAGGUGAUGAUGGACAGGCGGUUUUCUGGGAAUUGGAAGAAGCUGGAGCUUCCAAGAGCAUACCGCUUAAAGGACAUACAAGCGGUGUUAAUGCAGUGGAUGGAGUUCGUCGGCAAGAUGGUUCCUGGCUUCUAGCCACCGCAGCAGCAGAUAGCACCAUUAAAUUGUGGACUCCCCAGGAGGAUACUUAUGUGUGCUAUCAAACCAUAUCAUUAUCUACAGGAUUCUGCUUCUCACUGCGCCUGAAGCUGCUGCCUAAGAGUAAUCGUGUCCUUCUGGCCUUCAGUGGCGAUGACGAAACUGUUUCCUUGUGGUCGGAGCAAAUAGAAGCCACAGGUGGUGGCGAUUUCCUGGGUCUGCAAUUUCAGCGCGUUCACAAACUUACAGGUCAUGAAGACUGGGUUCGAGGUCUGGAUUUCGUUAACGAUGGCGAGGAUUUGGUGUUGGCCAGCGGCUCACAGGAUAACUUUAUUCGUCUGUGGAGGAUUUCCCCUCGCAGUGAGGAACAAAUGCGGGAGAACAAGAUUGAUCUGCUUCAGCUAAGCGAGAAUGACAGCGAGAUAAAGGUGGAGGAGAAGAUUUUGCAGCUGGGAAAGGAAGCUUGGUAUGCUGUAAGCUUGGAAUCAGUUCUAUACGGACAUGAAGGAUGGAUAUAUGGUGUUCAUUGGCACAAGACUGAAGAACAGGAACUGCGCCUUCUAUCCGCGUCCAUCGACAAGACCCUCAUUAUUUGGGCACCCACAGAGCAAGGUGUUUGGCUAGAGCAAGUCCGCGUUGGCGAGGUGGGUGGUAAUUCCAUGGGCUUCUUUGGUGGCAAGUUCUCCAGCGAUGGACACUCGAUAAUGGCCCACAGCUACCAAGGUGGUUUUCAUAUUUGGAAUCAGGAUCCAAGCCGCCCGCAACUCUGGACUUCAAAUGUCAUUGUGGGUGGUCAUUAUGGCGAGGUCAGGGAUCUGGCUUGGGAACAUGACGGAGCCUAUUUGAUGACCGUCUCAGCGGAUCAAACAACGCGACUGCACGCUCCUUGGGUGCAGAAUGAAGCUAAUCCCACGUGGCAUGAACUAGCUCGUCCCCAAGUACAUGGUUACGAUAUGCAGGCGUUGGCUUUACUUUCGCGAUAUAAAUUCGCCAGUGGAGCAGAAGAAAAGAUUGUGCGGACCUUUCAGGCUCCGGCGAACUUUAUUGAAAACUUUCGUCACAUCAGUGCGAUAGAGAAAGAUGAAUCUGGAGAUGCCUUACUGGAUUCCCUUCCCAAGGGAGCUUCUGUACCAUCUCUGGGUUUGUCUAACAAGGCUGUGUACAAGGUGGAAACCGACAAGGAUGCAUCCAGCAAGAGUAAAGAUGAAUAUCCGGACACCUACUUUGUACCUAUUACCUUAGAAACACCACCGCAAGAGGAGACUUUAAUGCAAAACACACUUUGGCCGGAGCUUCAGAAGCUUUAUGGUCAUGGUUACGAAAUUUUCGCACUGGCUGCCACUGCAGAUGGUACCGUUUUGGCCUCCACUUGCAAAGCGAGCAAUGCCGAGCAUGCACAGAUAAUACUAUGGAACCCUUCUAACUGGAAACAGCUGCAGAAGCUAAGUGGCCACCAGUUGACAGUUACCCAACUAAGUUUCUCGCCCGAUUCGCGAUAUCUGCUAUCAGUCUCUCGUGAUCGUCGUUGGUGUCUCUACGAGAAACAGGACCCCACCGUGGGUUACCAACUAGUGGCCAGCACGGACAAAUCCAAUGGAGUUCACACACGUAUCAUUUGGUCUUGUGAUUGGUCACAUGAUGGUCAGUUCUUUGUGACCAGCUCUAGAGAGGGAAAAGUAGUGGUUUGGAAAAAGGGAGAAGAAUCGAAGGAAUCUUCUCUGAAUGGCUGGCAAGCGGCUGGGGUUUUGGAACUCAAAAAUGAGUCAAUCACAGCUGUGGCUUUUUCAAGUGAUUAUUUAAACGGGCAAGAUGACACAUACCUUCUGGCCUUGGGAACGGAAACCGGCCUGAUAAAGAUAUAUCAGGUGGUUCGAGGAGAAUGGAAGUUACUUAAAGAUUUGAAUAAGAGUCAAGCUCAUCAUCUCACCGUUCGGCGAUUGAAAUUCCGACCUGGUAAGCAACUUCAGUUGGCGAGUUGCGGGGAGGAUCAUUUGGUACGCAUCUACGACAUAAAGCUCACUUGAGUUUAACUACAAGUGCAUUAAACUAGCCUUAUUAACAUCAA